AAGGACGACGUUGCUGGAACAAUCGUGGGUGCUGCUGACGUGGAGUUGGUUACGAGAGAAUCAAAUGCAAAUGAUGACACAGGGUGUGCAAGGAGAAAGAUGGUGCGUGAAAGAAAAAGGCCUAACAAAUUUGGGGAUUACGUAUAUCAUUGCUGGUUCAUACCAAUUGGUGCUUUCAUUGAGUCUUCGCCAUGGCUGAAGGGACUCGUUUGAAAUCUAUGGAUGAGGCUAUUCGUCAUCUUCAGGCUGCUUCUUCUGAUCAUGACUCGUCGUUAGGGUCUCUUCAAUCUGCGUUGGUGGAGCUGACUCAGAUAUCGACUACUUAGCACCUUUCUCUCAACGAUUUAACCAAUCGUGUCGCCGUGAUGGAUGGUCGUUUGGAGCAGGUCCUUCUUUUAGCUCAAUCUUCUCUUCAUGGUUCGAGUGGUUCUAAGGCGGUAGCUGUUGCUUCAUCCGAUGGGGCAUCACCGUCGGCGGUCACCGCUUCUUCUCUUGUGCCUUAUACCACCGCACCGAUUGGCUCGUUUCCUCCUGGUUCUGUUCGAUUGGAUUUUCCUCGUUUUGAUGGGACCAAUCCAUUGGACUGGACUUCGAAGGCAGAGCAGUUUUUUCAUCUUUUCCAAACUACUGACUCGCAGAAAGUGGAAAUUGCUUCCUAUCACUUGGAUGGCCCGGCGUGGCAAUGGUUUCAGUGGGCAAAUACAGAUCAAUGUUUCUCGUCUUGGACUAUAUUAGCUCGGGCUAUUGAGGUGCGCUUUGGGCCGACAGCUUUCGAUGAUCACGGAUUUGCCUUGGCUAAACUCACUCAAACGGGUUCUUUUGAGGAAUUUCAAUCUCAGUUUGAACUUCUGUCCAAUCGGGUUCCGCAGUUGCCGGAGUCAUUCCACCUGAGCUUGUUCCUUUCGGCGCUGCAUUCUGAUAUUCAGCAUGAUGUUCGCAUUUGCAAGCCCACUACUGUCCAUGAAGCUAUUGGGCUUGCUAGGCUUCAUAAUGCCAAAUUACUUGCCGUUAAGAAAGCUUCUGUUACUGGGACUCUUCCUCGUCUGGAUUUUCGGACACCGGUUCAGGUCCGUGGACCUUUGUUGCCUAACCCCAGUCGACCUCCAGAGCCCACGAAUAACCCAGCCCUUUCACCUGUGUCUUCCUCAAAACCUGCCACUAAUUUUCCCAUUCAGCGUCUCACGGCCGCCGAUAUGCAGCGAAAGCGUGACCUCAACCUCUGUUACCAUUGUGAUGCCAAGUACGUUCCGGGGCAUCGUUGUCCGGCUCGCCGACAAUUUUUUUUCUUGGAUUUGGCUGAUUCCGAGGACGAUCCAACCGAGGUUACAGAUGCUCAACUGGCGGAGGAACUACAGCUUGCCGAGCUACAGCCGUUACCUUCUACUACAGAGCCUUCCACUGAAACGACAGUCUCCUACCACGCCUUGACUGGAUUUCCUACACUACAAACUUUACGAUUUCAAGCCACCGUAGCCGGGACUCAACUCCAUACCUUGGUUGAUGGGGGCAGCACCCAUAACUUUGUUCAAAGUCGGGUUGCUAAAGGAUUGGGGUUUCCGAUUGAAUCUGUUCCGCAUGUCACUGUUGAGGUGGGUAAUGGUGAGAAGCUUCGUUGUGAGGGGUGCAUUCGUCAAGUUCCAAUUACCAUCCAAAAUCAUCUAUUUUCUGCGGAUUUGUAUGUGGUGGCAAUUCAAGGAGCUGAAUUAAUUUUAGGUGUUUCAUGGUUAUACAGUGUCAAUCCAAUCUUGUAUGAUUAUGUUGACUGGGUGAUUACUGUAAAUCAUAACGGUGGUUCGGUGCGUCUUCAAGCUAUGGCCCCUAGUUCUCCUAUGGCCAUGGAUUACCAUCAAUUACGUCGAUUGGUACAUUCUGGGGCGGUAGGAACCUGUUUACAAUUGACUAUGGAUUGCCAAUCGCUUCAAGGGAUAGCAGAGGAGAUUGAUCCUCGGUUAAAGGGGUUAUUAGCUCAGUAUGAGGCUGUUUUCCAGAAGCCUCAAAGCCUUCCACCAACUAGAUCUACAGAUCAUAGUAUACAUCUCUUGCCCAAUUCUACUCCUGUCAAUGUUAAACCUUACUGUUACCCUCAUUUUCAAAAAUCCGAGAUUGAGAGGAUGGUUCAGGAUAUGUUAAAGGAGGGCAUCAUUCGCACCAGUACUAGUCCGUUUUCAUCACCUGUCUUGCUCGUCAAGAAAAAAGAUGGUUCGUGGCGUUUUUGUACUGAUUAUCGCACCUUGAAUGCCAUAACUGUACGCGAUCGUUUCCCUAUUCCCACGGUGGAUGAGUUGCUAGAUGAACUCAAUGGUGCCAUGGUUUUUUCUAAGCUGGAUUUGUUGGCUGGCUAUCAUCAAAUUCGUGUUCGGCCGGAACUCACGAAGGGCAUUAUGAGUAUCUCGUGA